AUCCACUCACCUCCUGAGGUGUUGAAGGACCCUGUGCUGCCUGUGACACUGCUCCUGAACACCCGCCACCGAGAUGUCCUGCCAGCAGAGCCAGCAGCAGUGCCAGCCCCCUCCCAAGUGCUCCACCCAGAAGUGCCCCCCAAAGUGUCCCCCUAAGUGCCCUCCAGUCUCUUCCUGCUGCAGUGUCAGCUCCGGAGGCUGCUGUGGCUCCAGCUCUGGGGGCUGCUGCAGUUCUGGGGGAGGUGGCUGCUGUCUGAGCCACCACAGGCGCCGCAGGUCCCACUGCCACAGACCCCAGAGCUCUGGCUGCUGCAGCCAGCCCGCAGGGGGCUCCAGCUGCUGUGGAGGGGGCAGUGGCCAGCAAUCUGGAGGCUGCUGCUGAAGUGGACCCUGAGCCUAGAAGAGUGGAAUCCAGGACAGCAAACCGCCACGGACAUCCCCCUUCUCCUCCUAGGCCUGCCUGAGAGGCUCACAGGUCCAAGGGAAAGCUCUGAACUUGCCAAGAGCAUAUCUUCUCUCUGGAGCCCAGAAACUCAGAUCUUCUCUUGGAUCGCUAGUCACUGGUCUUGGACUUCACCUUUGUGGCUACCCUCCCACCCUCUGUCUAAGCCCCUAGCUCACUCCAUGUCGUUUGCUGUGUGCAUCUGCUGAUUAAAGCAAUGAAACAAG